AUGACUAUCAACAAACACCUUCGCAAUUUUAACAUCGAGGCUGUUCGGAAACAAUUUCCAGGUCUCGAUAAAGGUUCCAUCUGUCUAAACAAUGGUUCUGGUGCUCUGGUUUACAGAGGGGUCAUUGAGAGUAUCACUCGCACCAUGUCUUCUCCCCAUAUGAAUCUACGUGGCCUGGACUCAAAAAGCGAGAUCGAUGUUAAAGAGCGUACUGCCCAAUACGCGAAGCUUGCUUCAUUCAUGAAUGCUGACCCUGACGAAAUCGCUUUUGGACCUUCUACGACGGGGCUUCUACGAACCCUGACCAACUCCCUCCGUCCGAAUCUCAACGCAGACUCCGAAAUGAUAGUAUCUGUUCUUUGCCAUGAGGCCGGUGUGACUGCGUGGGUUGCCUUGGCAAAAAGUCUGGGUAUCUCUAUCAAGUGGUGGACGCCAGCCGGGGGAAUGGGAAACAAUAAAGAUCCCAAGCUCACCCUAGAAACACUUCGACCUCUCCUAUCCUCCAAGACCCGACUUGUAUGCUGUGGGCAUGUGUCAAACAUUACCGGAACCAUCGAGCCCAUUAAAGAGAUCGCAGAUCUCGUCCAUACAAUCCCUGAGGCCUUGAUAUCCGUGGACGGAGUAGCCUGGGCUCCUCAUCGCCCCAUCGACGUGAAAGAAUUGGGUGUCGACUUCUACGUUUUCAGCUGGUAUAAGGUUUUUGGCCCUCAUAUUGCACAGAUCUAUGCCCGGCGGAGUGUUCAGAAGCGCUACUUGACCAGUCUCAACCACUACUUUUUUGACCCCACCGCUUUAUCCGUGAGGCUGGGCCUCGGCAACAGCUGCAUUGAGCUCGAACAUGCUGUGGUCCCCAUCAUCAGUUGGCUCGUCAAUCAGAUUGGCUGGGAUUCUAUCAUUGCCCACGAGGAAGUCAUCACAGCACACCUUCUCGACUAUUUGACGGCCAAUCCUGACCUUUACACCGUAUAUGGGUCGCAAACAGCAGAUCCGAACGCUCGGGUUUCCUUGAUCAGCUUUUCCGUGAAUGGAGUCGCGUCUGACAAGGUUGCGGAAAUGAUUCAUGAAACAUCAAACUGCCGGCUUAUCACUGGUGAUUGUUGGUCUCCCCGUACCGUCCACGAUGUUCUUGGACUGGCAGAUGACGGUAUCAUUCGAACAAGCUUGGUCCAUUACAAUACCGUGAACGAAAUAGAGACAUUCAUUCAAAUACUGGAUCAGGUAGUACGCACCUUAAAACAGUGA